CACUUCUCCACGGUUUCACCCUCCCUCUCUGAGAGGGGGGGGGGGGGGGGGGAAUCAUUGAGUGAUGACUGCCCUAUCCCUGAGCAGACGAGCCCCAGGCGGCGGGCCGGCGACCUAGCCCCACGCCACGCCGGAUCCGGCUGUCCGUUGCCGGCGGCGCUAUGCCUGCCUCUUGCUGAAAGUUGACUAUCGGUUCAGUGUUCGUUUCGGAUUAGAGUUGGAGGUCAAGUCGGUGCUCAUCAUCUUCUAAUAUAUAUAUAUAUAUAUAUAUAUAUACAAAUCAUCAUCUUCUUCUUCAUCCAAACGGCUGCGCCGCCGCUUCCGUGCUCUGCAUCUUCCUCUGCCGCGGGUACGAAUCCUGCCGAUCGACCAAAUCUCAGCUAGGUCAACGUGUUGGUGUUGCUGCUGUGGGCAGCAGUUUGGUGGCUACGAGAAAGACAAAACGAAGCUUGAAACGGAUUGGAACUAAUACAACCAAAAAAGAAGAAGACAUGGAUGAUGCUACUACGACCAAAAGGAAAAGACCAGUGAUUCGUUUCAAUGACCUACCUACGGAUAUAUUGAUUGGUAUCAUAUCCCGGCUGCCGAUAAAAGAGGCGGCAAGGACGAGUAUAUUAUCAAGCCACUGGAAAAAAAUCUGGUGUUCCCAUGUAAACUUGGAAUUCUCCUUCUACUCGAUGUCGCCAAGAUUAGCUUCGACCUCACAUGAUGCACGGCUUAGGAUGAAAAUGUUCAUCGAGAGAGUCAGUCAAGUCUUUGCGCAACACAGUGGUCUAAGUGUUCAGAAAAUAGCAAUCCAAGGUAAGUUGGAUAAUGAACAUGCAGACCACAUAAACAGAUGGCUCAGCUUUGUUAGUGCUACUAAAACGAAAGAUCUUACUUUUGAUUUCAAAUCCCGGUAUCCUAGAGAGGGGCCCUAUGAUUUCCCUUUUAAGUUUUUCGGUGCUAUGGACAGUUCAUAUUUGCUGUCCAUGAGGCUUAGUGCUGUUUCUCUGAACCCGCCUGUGGAUUUCAAAGCCUUUCUGAACCUUAAAAGGCUCAAGUUAGAACACACAAAUAUUACUGAUGAAAACAUGCAGAUUUUGAUCUCCAACUGCAAUGCCUUGGAGUUUCUUGGUAUCGUUGAUUGUGGGAAGCUCACAAGAUUGUCGACAUCGCACCUUUGGAACCAGCUUAAACAUUUGCAUGUCGAGAGCUGCCAUCUGCUUAAAGAGAUAGAGUUGAAUCUUGGCCUGACGAAACUUGGGUACAAGGGCACACUGAUACCGUUGUCACCUCCUGGGCCAUUGCUGCUAACGAAUGUCUGCAUGAAGCUGCAACACGCUCGUUCCUCUCUUGGAUAUAUCUUCACCAAUCUUCCAAGCACGCUGCUCCAUCUCGAGACGCUGAGUUUGCAAUGUUCAGAACUCGAGAGGGCUAUUUUGCCAGAAAAUCAUAUCAAAUUUAUGUAUCUAAAGCAUUUGAGGUUGCAAUUGAGACACCCUGUGACGGAAAAGAAGAUUGAUCUUCUUGACUUUGCCUGCCUACUGGAAGCUGCUCCUUUACUGCAAAAGUUUGAAUUACAUAUGUGGAUGCCCCUUCACCAUCAACGGUAUCGCGAAGAAGCUCAUGGCGAGCUACGGAGUCUUCCACCGCAGCCUCAUGCCCAUCUCAGGCUUGUACACAUAAGUGGAUUCAUCGGCAUGAAAGACCAAUUGGAGCUGUCACUGCACAUUCUCAGAAAUUCCGCCAUGAUCAGGGCGAUGAAGGUCGACCCCAAGCCGCUCUUCGCCCUUCCUUGUAUAUCGAUGCUGUCACCCUUGGAAGGGUUUCAGUAUCUUGAUGGGUAUGAGGUCGCCAUUGAAUAUCUCUGCAGAGAAGACCACAACAAUGUUGUCGAUGUUUCUGAAAUUCGUCGCGAGGAGGUCGAAACGCUCUCGGUUUGUGAGCUGGUUUAUCCAGAUUGUGUUCGCCUUACCCGUAAGGCCAAUUCCUCUUCCUGAUUAAGAUUUGAGCCACUCUGAAGGUAUUGUUCAUGCCAGUCAAGCUCUACACAAUUUGGACGACUUUGGAGUUUGGAGCAGCUAAGUCAGCCCUGAUUAGUUUGGUUUUGGUUUUUGGACAACUUAGGAUUGUGAAUUUGAAGAACAACUCGUAUGUGUUUUAGUUCCUUGACGGUAACUUAUUUAACUUCCUUUUCUGUAUGAUGGUUGCUUCAGAAAAUUUCAUCACUGGAAAGUGUUUUUGUGAUUGGAAAUGGUGGUCGUUCAGGUUAACGUCCUGGUUUUUUCAGUUCAGACUUCAGAAUGAUUUUCUUCCUGGAGCUGCUUAAUGCAUCAUUUAUAAGAAAAUAGAACUGUGAAUUUUGGUUUUC